AUGAGCAAUGAGGAGGAGAUGAUGCUUAGCGAGACAUCAAGAAACAUGAAAGCAACAGUGCAGAUCAUACAGGAAAAAAUCAGCCAGCAAGACUUGCUCUACGAGUCAAUAGAGGCAGAAACAGAAAAGGCAGACAGAGCUCUUAUGGCCAACAUCGAUAGAUUUGGAGAAGCAAUCAAAAGGAUGAACAACGACCCAAGAAACAAAAUAAUCUUUAUUCUGGCAUUGAUCCUCAUUAUGUGUAUCUCAUAUCUGAUAAUUUAG